AUGGACAGCUCCAACUCUACUGCCGGCGCAGACCCUCCGGCGUACACAGAAACCAUUCUAGCACCACCUACAGCGCUCAAGCGUACCGUCAAAGACACUCGCCAGCUCAUACUCGCCAACGCGUCUAUGAUGAGACCACACGUCAAGACUGGCGCAAUAGAGCUUGUAACCGGGAAGACACGAGGGCCUACACCCACCACAGGCCCACGAAGCUUCAUAAGCACGACUUCUAACGUGACGAUCCGAAUCAGAGACUCUUCUCCUUCGCCAGGAGAUCAAACGCCGCCUUCUGAACGAAGACCGUCUGAUAGCAAUGCUGGGAGCCGCGUGGCAGGCAAGCACUAUGCUGCGCUUGUGAGCAAGAGUAUGGACACUCGUAGCACCGGGACAGAGGUCAUUAUUCUCGGCGAGCCUCAGAAUACCGUUGAGGAGGCUCUGGAGUGGAUGCUCGAUCGUACGGAGAUUGUGAUUACGGAGAUGCUUGCCAACCACCGCAAAGAGGCGCAGGUUACGUGCUGCAGAGGCCUGUCAACACGACACGAACAGGUUCUGGAGUAA